AUGGAUUUGUUUCUUAAGAGUCGAAUAAAAAAUAAAAAGCAUUCGCAUCUAUCUUUACCAGAAUUUCGAGAAUCUUUUAAAGAACAUGGCGUUAAAUUUGAUUCGGAGCAAGCUUUUAAAGACAAACCAAUGGAAAUACCAAGCCAUUAUGGAUUUCGAGAUAUUAAAUCACUGAAUUCGCUUCAGGGACAACCUGCAGAUUACGGUAUAAGCGUACAUGAAAGCUCCUUAUCAAGUCAGCAACAUUCUAAUGAUAAUCCACAUUUCGAGAAUCGAAUAAAACGACCUGAAUAUUUUAUAAAAAAGCUUUCAGAUGACGCCGUGUAUAGAAAGAUAUCCAACAAGGUUUUAUUACGGCUUGAAUUACAUUUAAAAACGAUGCCAAUAAGAUGGAUACAAAAAUUUAUUAAUAUGAAAGGCGUUUCAUUAAUUAUUAAUACUUUGAAUCGACACCGAAAAAGUUACACAAAGUUAAUUGAAUUAGAAUAUAAUAUUCUGGCUUGUUUAAAAGCAUUGAUCAAUAACUCGAUAGGUGUUCACGAGUUUUUUACUCACCCCGAAUAUAUUAAUGAAAUUACAUAUAGUCUAGAAUCAUAUCAUAUUCCUAGUCGAAAACUUGUUUGCGAAAUUCUCAUAUUUUUGUGUUAUUAUAAAACACCUGAAGGUCAUAGAGUCGUUUUGGAUACAUUGAAAAAGUUAUCAAAAUCAGUUAAAAAUAAUGAAAAUCAUUUUUUGACUUGGAUAACUGCAUGGAAGCAUACGAUUAUUACAAAAACUUUAAAUCAGAACGAUGAAUGCGAAUAUUCCUUAUUUAAUAUGAUGCUCGUAAAUGCUAUACUUAAUACAGAAAGCGAUAAAGAUAUGCGUAUUUGCCUAAGGAAUCAAAUGGAUGAAUUAGGCCUUAGUGUUAUCUUGGAAACAAGCGCUCGUAACAAAGAGAUAUAUAAACACAUUGAAGAAUAUUACACGUUAGCUAAAGAAGAUCAGCUACCACUAAAAAUAGAAAAAAGUGACAGUAUAAAUAGUUCAAGUACACUUUCUACAACAAUGGGUACUAAUGUGAAUGAUAACAAUCAGUCAAUAAAGUCAACAGUCUCUUCUACAACAUCAAAUAAAAGAGUAUUUAAAAGCCUAAUUGAUCCCUAUAAUGUCUUUGAAAUGGUUCUUAGUAGCAUUGAAAAAUCUUCGUGCUAUGACCUCUUUCUUAAUACGCUUCAAAAUAUCCUUACAUACAAUAGUAUAAAUGAUGAUGAUGAUAAAAUGGAUUAUUUUAAACGUAUCGAUUCUUAUAUAUCACAGCAAACUCACGAUGCUUCUUCAAAACCUAGUGAAAGCGAUCCUAAAUUAUAUCAACUUACGAUUGAAGAAAAGGAUAAAGAAUUAGUUCAGCUACAGAAAGAUUUAGAUCAUUAUAAAGGCUUAUAUGAAUCACAAAAGGAGCUUCAAGAAAAAAACAAGGAAAUGACAGAAAUGAGUACUUUAAUUAAAGAUAGUAACGAUAAAAUUCACUCUUUGGAAGACUUAUUAAAGAUGUCGAGACAUACAGUUUCAACAUUACAACAAAAACUUAAAGAUAUUCAAGAAGAAUACGAAGAUAAUAUAUCAUUACUUGAACAGCAACUUGAUAAAUUUUAUAAAGUAAUUGAAGAAGAUUUCAAUAAUGUUGGUGACAAGGGUGAUAUAGUUAUCAGUAGAGAAGAAUACAUAAAAUCAUAUAAAAGAAUAAAGGCAAGAGAAAAUUCAAAAAAGUCUGAAAGGGAUACUGAGGAUUCAUCUAAUGAAGAAUGUAGUUUAUUGGUUCCACCAAUAGAAAGAAAGAGUUCUAUUUAUCUAAAGAAGCAAAAAAGAAGUACUGCAAUGAAUAUUACGGAAGAAUUUAAAUCACAACUCGCAAAGCAAUUUUCAGCUAGUAGUAUCUUAGAUCUUGUCUCAGCAACAGAUAAUAACCGUCCAUUUAACAGAAAAUCUAGUAGACGUUGCCAUAGUAUCAUGAUUAGUGACAAUAUUUCACUUCCUAUGGUCGAAUCACCAUUAAAGCAUCAGCGAUAUUCAUUUGUACCCCCAAUGGCUGAAAUAACCAACACUGAUAAAGCAUUUUUAAGUGACUCUUUAAAAUGUUUUGAUGGGGCUACAAGGCAGCAAGCUAUGUCAAAAGCACCCAGUAAAUUAUUAUCACAAAUGGAUAUGCAUAAAAACAGUAAUCAACACGUUGGUCGAAAACCACGAGAAUGUUCUUUUUAUGAAGAUAGUAAAGUAUCCAUUGAUUUUACAUCAUCUGCCGAAAGCUUAUUUUCAAAUGACAAGUAUGCUAUGAGCUCAACAGAUUCAUUGGGCGUGCCUAAUAUCCCUACCAUAUCAUUAUCAAAUUCAUCAAUAAAUAGUGAUGUGAGUUCAUGGUCUCAAAAAACAAUAUCUUCAAUAGAAUCUGUCUCUUUAUUGCCAUCAGAAUCAGACAUUAAACCUACAUUCAUAUCUGAUCCAUCACAAGAUAAUACGUCAGUACCAUCAAAAACUACAACAACAGAAACAGUGGAGCUAUUACCUUUGAUUGAAUCAUCGGUAGCUCCUCCACCUCCACCUCCUCCACCUCCACCUCCACCACCUGUAAAUAGUACUAUAUACUCAUUAAAUAAUAAUUCAAGUCCUACCACUGCUUUUCAGAGUAACUCAAGUAUACCCUCUCCAUCCUCUCCUUCUCCUCCUUCUCCUCCUCCUCCUCCUCCACCACCACCACCACCACCACCACCAUCACCAUUUUCAAAUUCAGCUGCUUUAAAAAAUAACAGCGGAUACGAUGACACUCAAGAGAGUCAAGAAUUUAAUAUCCUAUAUAAUAUGAAUCGAAAACAAAUGAACCGGUACCCAAGUGUCAAGACACGAAUCGUUCAAUGGCAAAAAUUGAGUAAAGAUAGUAUUCAGUCCACUGUCUGGCAUCCCAGCGAGUAUGAUGAAGUCCAUAAAAUAGAGAAUUCAUUUGAAGCUACAUUGGAUCAGGCAGGAGUAUUCAAGAAGAUGGAAGAAACAUUUGGACAGAGACAGCCCUCGACUGUCAAACCAUCCAGCAAGAAAAAAUGGCGACAUCGAGCCUAUGAAAAUGAAGAACGAGUGCUAGACUCACAAAGGGCAGCCAACUUGACUAUUUCAUUCCUUAUGAAACUCAAACAAUAUAGUAUUGAAGAAAUAAAACAAAAACUACUAGAACUAGACGAGACGGUAUUUGAUGAAAUCAUGCUUGAGAACUUGUUGAAUAAUCUACCCUCCCUGAACGAUAUUAAAAAGUUAAAUGAAACAAAGGCAAAGCUAGAGAUACAAAAUGCAAAAGAAACAGAUGAAAGUCGUAAAAAGAGCUUGUCAAAGCCUGAUUUAUUUUGCUUAGAGAUGUCAAAGGUUCCGAAAGUUAAAGCUCGUAUUAAGGCCAUGUUACUCAAACUCAACUUUAAUGAGCGAAUUAUUCACAUAUCUAAGAGAAUGUCCAAUAUUAUGGAUGCAUCUACAGCACUUCGUAAUUCAGCUUCAUUUAGGGAAUUCUUAACUCUUGUGCUAUUAAUUGGUAACUUUUUAAAUAGUACAAAUAAUCAAGGUGGUGCUUUUGGUAUUCGUAUAGCAAGUAUAAAUAAGCUUAUUGAUACAAAAUCUUUUUCAAAUGAUACCACUUUGCUUCAUUUUAUUAUUGAAAUGAUGGAAAAUCAAUUUCCUGAAAUAUUUCAUUCACUUAUACCUGAUUUGAAAUUAUGCACAGACGCAUGUAAAAUAACACUUAAUGACCUUGUGAGUGAUUAUAAUGAACUAAAAAUUGAUCUUGAAUCACUUUCCAAGACACUUUCAGAAGUUGAAAAUACAGAUGAGAUAUUUACUGCAAAGAUGUCUCAUUUUUAUCAUGAGGCUAUGGUAACAUUUGAUCAACUUGAAGUUCGAUAUACGUCUAUGGAUGUUGCUUACAAAGAUGUACUUAUUUAUUUUGGAGAAGAGCCAGGUGAGAUGAAACCAGAUGAAUUUUUCAGCAUAUUUGUCAAGUUUAUUUCUGAUUGGGAGUUUGCAUAUCGAGAUAUUACAGUAAAUAGAGAAGAACGUGAACGUAUCAAGAGAGUACAUGAAUUUGAAAAAGAAAUGAAGUUAUUGAAAGCAAAUGCAAUUGAAGAGUAUUAUUAG